GUUGUAUCGUAUCGAAAAGAACCUGAUAUUAUGCAGUUGGGUGAGAGAUUGAGUUUGCGAGUGACCAGGCCGAAGAGCCGAUGAUACUGUUGUUAACGUGCUUGUGUUUUCUCCCGGUGCGAUUGAUUAUCUGGUGUUUUGGCUUCAGGAGUCGAGGAGUAAAAAAGGUACACAAACAAAGCGCUUUCUACCUGCUAACCAAACACGCUAUCACAGAUUCAGUUGCAUCCCAAUAUCAGUCCAGUCAUGACGGUGGUAAUGUGUCGCGAGGCUCUGGAUUCGCGAAACUCCAAUUAUAUGCGUCCACCACGCCAAUAGUCGCCUCGAUGCUUAUCUCAUUGUUGGCGUAUACUGGAGCUGUGAUUAUCUUGGGACGGGAGUGGUGCAUCCAAUUAGGGGACUGGUGUCACUUUGUAUCGAAUGGAUGGUGAUGAAGUGGGAUUAUCUUGUGGAAGUAUGUAUAUCACCAUGGUCAAAAUAUGUAAAUGGCAGAGUUCCGGGUUGGUUUGUGGAGGCUUGGUGGAUGCUAUUAUAUGGCGCAGGUUACAUGCCACUGACGCAUAAGUUACAGAAGAAGUGUCGCCGGUGGCGUUUGC